UCAUGUUUUCGGGGGAACAUGGUAGUUACCUUUUUUCGCUGACCCUAAUUGGACACGCAUUGGCCCCAUUCUGCCCCUUUGUUACCCUCUUUCGCCUUUGGACACUCAUAGAAUAUUAUAGGGGUGUCUGAUUACGAAUUUUGAAAUUUUGCCACAAGUUAGAUAUUGCUCUAGCCACUAGCAUAGUAACGUAAUAGAUGGAAGUCCGACGACUGAUUCCUAUAAUUACCAAGUCAGUACUUAGGACAAGCUAUAGGAAAGUCUCGUCAUCCAGUAAAAAAUGUGCAGCAAUACCAACAAUUCAAGAGAUUAGGACACAGUUGCAGCAAACGCUCGGCGCAAGCUCAGCAUGGAUUAAAAGUGAAGAAUAUAGGGAAAAACUUGCAGCUUCUCUGCCACAGACUCAGAGUGAUUUGACGCCCCGUCGGAUGCAAGAUAGCUAUUAUGAAGCUAUUGUACCCUUGUCAGAUCCUGUCAUACGGGAAAAAUAUAAAGGAUUAUAUGAUAAUGUAAGACUUGGACAGUUGUUGGAAAAUUUGGAUACGUUUGCAGUACACAUCAGUUAUCUACAUAAUAAUCCUUACUCAUCAAAGACAGGGGAAAGUCCUUUGUCAAUCGUUACAGCAAUGGUUGAUGAAAUAAAAAUUCACAAUCAUUGCUUGGAAUCUCAGGCAGAUAUAUUACUCAAAGGUCAUGUGACAUGGACAGGGAAAAGCUCCAUGGAAAUCAAGAUGUGGUUGACUCAAUUGGCAAAACCUAUCAUUGAUGCAACAUUCGUUAUGGUAGCACGAGAUCCGUUAAAUCGUUCUGCGAUAGUUUACCCUCUGUUAAUGGAAGAUCCCAAAGACAAAGCUUUAUUUCAGGAAGGAGAAAAACAUAAAAUUGAACGCUUGGAAGAGGCGAAGUAUUCACUUUUGAAAUAUCCUCCAAAAGAAGAAGAAAGGCAAGUUGUACAUGACUUAUUUUUACAAACAUUAGACACAAAGACUAUGUCUUUUCGAGGAAGACAGCUGCCAGAAGAUUGUGUGUGGAUGGAAGAUACAAAACUGAAAAAUUCAAUUAUUUGUUUUCCUGAAAAGCGCAACAUUCACAAUAAAAUUUUUGGUGGUUUCCUUAUGCGCACAGGUUUCGAACUUGCAUGGGCGAAUGCUUGUAUAUUUUCUAAAACAAGACCUCAUGUCACAGCUGUGGAUGAUAUUUUAUUUCGUUGCCCGGUGCAAAUUGGAUCACUUUUGCUUAUAUCAUCCCAAGUAUGCUUUUCUCAGGGUAAGGAUUUUCACAUCCGAGCACAUGCUGAAGUUAUGGACCCACAUACAGGUGUCAGUACUACUUGCAACACUUUUAACUUUUCUUUUACAUGUGAUAAUGAAAACCUUCCCACAGUUAUGCCAAGAACAUACGGUGAAUCCAUGCUAUAUUUGGAUGGAAGAAGGCAUUACAAUACCCUCAAAGGUAUAUCUGGCGUCUGAUAAAAUUAUUUUCUCCAAUGUAAGAAAUGGUAUGGCAGAAUUCCUUUUCACAACCUGCAAUAUAUUUUUUUGCUAGGUAAUUUCCAGGCUGUUCUUGUUUUUCUAACUUUCAUUCCACGUAUCUUCUAUUGUGAUAUCUUUAACACUUCUAUUCAAGACUGAUAACAAACAAUACACACAAACUAGCAUUGAGUUGUUUUUCUUCUAUCACCAGAGAAAAAAAAUGCACAGAAAAUGAGACAAAUUGGUCAAUCAAAGUUUAUUGCAUAUUUUCACAAUGAUCAA